GCGAAGAGUCGUCUCAGGGACUGAGAUCUGGGGUUCGGGGUAAAGGUUUCAUAAGAGCGAAGAGAAAACCUUGAACUGACAGGAGUGUGGGGAACGGUAUGAUGGAAGGGAGCGAAGUGUUCGAUACAGAUAGCGAUGAGACGAUAGUUGAGGGGUCCGUGGUUGAGAGCGACCUGGAAGAAAAAGAGUUUCGUGCGGAAAGACUCUCUUUAGUGGAUAAAGACAUGGUAUGGGAAAACAGCAUUACUUCAGAAGUAGCUAAUACAUAUGGAGAAAUGCUUUCCCCAAACAUUCCGUUUAAUUGCAUCAAAUUCCAUGCCCAUAAACAACUGGGACUAUUUAAUAUGCCAUAUCAACAGAUUAAUGAAAUGGAAGAAUCUCAAUCUCUGCUCCCGAUUGAGAUAAAAAGUGCUGUCAAUGCCACAAAUAUUGGUCAACUUGAUUGUGUAUCAGCAGCAACUGUAUAUGGAGAAUAUAAAUGCAUUGGUUUAGAAUCUAAAGUGCCUGGAGUUCUCGAGAUGUCACACCAAAAUAAUGAUCCUCUAGAAAAAAGUCUUCUCUCAAAUAUGGAUGCAGUAAAGUCAUUCUCAAAUGAUGUGCCAAAAUACCUAGAAACAUCAGUGACUUUCCAAAGCGGAAUGAUCAGUGGCAAGAAUGAUUUAGCAGAUAAUGAUCCAUUUCAUGAAGCAAUAGCAUCUAACAAGAUUAUAAAUAAUAUCGUAGAUAAAAUGUUUGGAGUGAAACAUAUAAUAGAACCACUUGAUGAAAUUGAAACCAACCAAAUGUCUGACAUUUUAGCAUGUCAGAAUGAUAUUUUUUCUAUAGAUACAUCUGUAAAUGAGGAGAGUAAUACUUUGCCAGUAGAACUUCUCACAGCUCUAAACACCUUGACAGAAUCUAUAGGAGCAGUAGUAGACAGAACUGGAUCAAGCACAAGAGAGAAGCAGCUAACACCGGAAGAUGAUGAUGAUGUCAGAGAAAUAAUAGAAACAGAUUUGAAAUCUCAGUGUCAUUUGCAAUGCCAUGAAGAACCAAAAGCUUUAACGAUAGCCAAGAUGUCAUGCACUUCAGGCGAACACACUGACUGUGAACAAUGUAUGCAUCCAUUGUGCCAUCCAGAUCCUCAAAAAACUGAUUGUUCUGGCAGACCAUCUAAAAAAGAAAAUUCCAGUUUAAAAGACAUUCAUUCACGCGGGCAUCUCUUCGAAGGAACUUCAUGUACAUUAAGGAAAUCAGCCCACGAAAGAAAGAGUGUUGCUAUAAAUGAUAUAGAUGCUACUUCUAACUGCCAACCAUUUUUAGAAGGAAUACAUCAGAAGAUGCAUAGCAGAUUUAAUGAUAAAGAUAAAGAAUAUAAAUCUUCGCAACUGGGAAUUUGCACAUACCAUUGCUCAUCUUCAGAUGCAAAUACCAAAAUUAAGCAAGUGAGGAAGAGCCAGAGGAUUGCCAAGAAAACCAGUAAUUACAUUUCACUGUCUGCAAUCAAUAGAAGAGAUGCUUUUGGUCAGACAUUGUUGCAUAGAGCUGCUACAGAAGAUGACCUAGAUGGUGUAUGUGCAAUGAUAAAAGCUGGUUGGACUCCAUUACAUGAGGCUAGUUUGGCUGGAUGCUUUGAAAUAUCAAAUGAACUUUUAAAAGCAGGAGCUGAUGUUAAUUGUAAAGGAUAUGAGCAAGUAACACCAUUACAUGAAGCUGUUAAAGAAGGUCACUACAAGGCUUCCUUACUACAUCAAGUUGGAGUGCAGCACACUGUGAUGUCUCUGUGGCUGCUGCAUUAUGUUUUGGAAAUGGACUGUGUUUCGGUUCAAGUAAUAGAUGUCUUGCUGAUCUUUUUUCGGUGA